CAAGCACGUCAAGCUUUUAUGAUAUGGAUUUUCCUAUAUAUUGAAAUCACAAGUGAUGAUUUAAUCAAAGUCAAUGCAUUAAACGAACAUACUUUCCAUGAACAAGAAAUGGCUGCUGAAAAAACACACAAGUCUGCUGAAGAUCAGUUCAGAACUAUGUCAGUAUGGGGCUACUUCAAAACUGAGAUGACUCGAGGUUAUCAGUUGGAGCGCGAAGAGGAAAAGUAUGCGCAAAAGCGGCAGCGAGUUUACACGUUCAUGAAAACCCCCAGAGAACUUGAAAAGUUCACAAUAUUUGGAUUUUUCCAAUGCCUUGAUGCAUUCCUGUUCAUCUUCACAUUCCUGCCAUUGCGUAUUCUACUUGCAGUGCUGCGUGUCUUUACUCUUCCAUGUGGCCUGAUAAGAUCUCGUUCAUACCUGGAGCCAGCCCAGAUCUGUGACAUUCUAAAGGGCGUGGUGCUGGUAGUCUGCUCAUUCAUCGUGAGUCAUGUGGACACCUCCAUGAUGUACCAUCUAGUCCGCGGACAGGCCACCAUCAAACUCUAUGUGUUCUUUAACAUGCUUGAUAUGGCUGACCGCCUUUUGUCAACUGUUGGCCAUGACAUACUGGAUGCUCUGUUCUGGACGGCAACGGAGCCUAGAGGCAGGAGAAGGGAGCAUUUUGGAACUCUUGCCCAUCUUGUUAUUGCUAUCGUGUAUGUCAUUGCCCACACAUUACUGAUCCUGUUCCAAGCAACGGUGCUCAACGUCGCCUUCAACUCCCAUAAUAAGUCACUUCUAGUCAUCAUGAUGUCAAACAAUUUUGUAGAGAUAAAAUCGCACCUGUUUAAAAAGGUGGAUAUUAACCACCUAUACCAGAUAGCCUGCAGUGAUGUGAAGGAGAGGUUCCACUAUGUUGUUCUCCUCUCGCUUGUCUGCAUUCGUAACAUGAAUGCUGUCGCCUGGGACUUGGAACACCUGUGGGUCCUCCUACCGGACGCCAUCAUUGUACUGAUCUCGGAAGUCCUAGUUGACUGGGGAAAACAUGCUUUUGUUCUCAAAUUUAAUGAAAUCCUCGCUGAUGUAUACGGAGAGUUCAAGGUGAAACUGGCCCUUGACAUGGCCUCCAGUAGACAGUCGCAGGCGUUCACUGACCACUCUGACCUGGUAUCGCGGAGAAUGGGCCUCACUCCCCUGCCCCUGGCCUGCUUGCUGUAUCUUAUUGUCUCUCGGUCAGUCAGAUUGACAACAACUAUGGAUUACACAAUACUUGCCUUACUGUAUUUAUGCCUCAUGUCUUUCAAAGUUCUAAACAGCAUUAUACUACUGGGCCAUUCCUACCAUAUAAUUGAAAAAUAUCAUCAAGAAAAUGAGGCAGAUACGAAUUCACAGACACAGGAAAACACAGCAAAGAAGGAAAGAAGCCACUCCCCAGAACAGAAAACUGGAGUUUCACCUGAGCCUGAAAACAUCCCACAGGAAAGACGGGCCUCGGGUGGAGAUAUUCCUGUUCCGAAAAACUUCAGUCAGAUAUUUUCUGCCGAUUCCUACACAGAAUUGACUCUAAUUACAGAUACCACAGCCAUUGAGCCGACAGGUGGGUUUAAUAUGCGUGUUCCUCAUGCAAGGCAGGAGGCUUCGUCAAUUGUGUCGGAUGGUGAAAUGUCUGAGCAGGAAAUGGAGUCAUGUGAUCAUCUGUUGGUGUCACAUGAUCAAAAACCUAUGUCACAUGAUCAUGAUAAUGUAUCACAUGAACAGACUCUUGUGUCACAUGAUUAUGAAGAAUCAAAAAGUAUGGAUUAUAGUGGAAGUUUUAGUGAUUCUGAAGUUAAAAGUAAUAAAAGUUCAAAUAAUUCGAGUAGUAAACAUUCAGGAAGUUUAAUACCAAGGCGCCAUGCUGCAUCAAGAGACUUGCAUGGAGCUAGCUUGUUCCAGCGCUCUAAUAGGAGUUUUAUGAUGAGUUUUGGGGCAAGAAAAAAGUUUGGUUCAAGUGCUUCUUUACCUGAGACAGUAGGUAUACCUGAAGAUAAUGAAAGUGAAAAUGUUAAUGAUGCAGACCAAGUGUCGCGUAAAAGUCUAGAACGCGAUGAAAGUGUAACAUCAGAUUGUGGUGCUGAAAAGGAUGGGAAAGUUGAAUAAGGAGACUUAGUGAAUACGUUUAGGUUUGUUUGUACUUGAAAGAUGCAUUUUGUCAGAUCAUCAGUAGGUGAAUAUAAAAGAAAUAAUGUAUUUUAAUUUAUACAUUUGAUAACAUUAUUCAUCGCUUGAAAACAAAUUUUAUGAGAGAUUAUUCAAAUACUUGUCUCACUCUUUUUAAGUCUUUUUUAACAGUCUCAGGUUUAGCUUUUCAAUGAUGUGAACACAUCAUACAUUAACAAUCCCAAAUUUUUAUACUCUCACUUGGCAUCAUUAUACCCCCACAAACGAAGUUUGAGGGGGUAUAUAGGAGUGAGCUUGUCGGUCGGUCGGUCGAUCGGUCGGCCUGUCUGUCGGUCGGUCGGUCUGUCAGUUUUCAUAGUUUCCGGACGAUAACUCAUGAAAAGCUUGACAGAUUUGAACAAUUUUUGGUACACAGGUGUAACAUCAGAAGAUACAGCUAAGUUCGAUAUUGGGGCUGGUGGGGCCAAAGUCAAGGUCACUGUUACUAAAAAUAGAAAAACAGUUUCCGGACGAUAAAUCAUGAAAGGCUUGACAGAUUUGAAAAAUUUUUGAUACACAGGUGUAACAUCAAAAGAUACAGGUCAAGUUCGAUAUUGGGGCUGGUGGGGCCAAGGUCAAGGUCACUGUUACUAAAAAUAGAAAAGUUUCCGUACGAUAACUCAUGAAAGGCUUGACAGAUUUGAACAAUUUUUGGUACACAGGUGUAACAUCAGAAGAUACAGGUCAAGUUCGAUAUUGGGGCUGUAGGGGCCAAGGUCAAGGUCACUGUUACUAAAAGUAGAAAAACGGUUUCCGGACGAUAACUCAUGAAAAGCUUGACAGAUUUGAACAAUUUUUGGUACACAGGUGUAACAUCAGAAGAUACAGGUCAAGUUCGAUAUUGGGGCUGGUGGGGCCAAGGUCAAGGUCACUGUUAUUAAAAAUAGAAAAACGGUUUCCGGACGAUAAAUCGUGAAAGGCUAGACAGAUUUGAACAAUUUUUGGUACACAGGUGUAACAUCAGAAGAUACAGGUCAAGUUCGAUUUUGGGGCUGGUGGGGCCAAGGUCAAGGUCACUGUUACUUAAAAUAGAAUAACGGUUUCCGGACGAUAUUUCAUGAAAGGCUUGACAGAUUUGAACAAUUUUUGGUACACAGGUGUAACAUCAGAAGAUACAGGUCAGGUUCGAUAUUGGGGCUGGAGGGGUCAAGGUCACUGUUACUAAAAAUAGAAAAACGGUUUCCGGACGAUAACUCAUGAAAGGCUAGACAGAUUUGAACAAUUUUUGGUACACAGGUGUAACAUCAGAAGAUACAGGUCAAGUUGGAUAUUGGGACUGGUGGGGCCACGGUCAAGGUCACUGUUACUAAAAGUAGAAAAACGGUUUCCGGACGAUAACUCACGAAAGGCUUGACAGAUUUGAACAAUUUUUGGUACACAGGUGUAACAUCAGAAGAUACAGGUCAAGUUUGAUAUUGGGGCUGGUGGGGCCAAGGUCAAGGUCACUGUUACUAAAAAUAGAAAAACGGUUUCCGGAUGAUAAAUCGUGAAAGGCUAGACAGAUUUGAAAAUUUUUUGGUACACAGGUGUAACAUCAGAAGAUACAGGUCAAGUUCGAUAUUGGGGCUGGUGGGGCCAAGGUCAAGGUCACUGUUACUAAAAAUAGAAUAACAGUUUCCGGACGAUAACUCAUGAAAGGCUUGACAGAUUUGAACAAUUUUUGGUACACAGGUGUAACAUCAGAAGAUACAGAUCAAGUUCGAUAUUGGGGCUGGAGGGGCCAAGGUCAAGGUCACUGUUACUAAAAAUAGAAAAACGGUUUCCGGACGAUAACUCAUGAAAGGCUAGACAGAUUUGAACAAUUUUUGGUACACAGGUGUAACAUCAGAAGAUACAGGUCAAGUUGGAUAUUGGGACUGGUGGGGCCACGGUCAAGGUCACUGUUACUAAAAGUAGAAAAACGGUUUCCG